CUCAAAUGAUAGUUCCACAAACAAGAGGCACAUGAUCCUCUUGUGAAUGGUAUAUGUAUUACCAUAUUAUAUAAUUUGUAACGAUUAAUUGGAUUUUGUCGCAGUGAGUAUCACAAGAAAGUGGAACAGAGGAUCUAGUGCCCACAAGCAAUAUAUACUAGAAAAAAUUUCAAGAGUCAAGGUAGAUUUACAGCAGUUGAAAGCGUGAUUUUCCUCCCAAACAUUGGGAUUUUAUUAAUUGAAAUUUGAAAUAUUUGGGGGAAAAUCAACUAACAUACAAAACUUCGUGGGGUGUUUUCCAAUAUAUACAUAAAUCGCCUAAUUGGUGAACAAAACGGAAUACUUCGGCCGCGAGAAAACACGACGAAGCGGCAAAACCCACCGGCAACGCCAUAAUGGGAGCCGAAGAAGAGCUUAACCAUAUCCGACCGGAACAAGACGCGGUAGCACGAGACACAACGAAUCGGAGUUCCCUCAAUCGCAUUACUCCCGCUCAGUUCCUCUCCUGGAAACGCCAAAAGGAUGCUGAUGCAUCAGCUAAGAGAGUUGAAACCGAAAGAAAGCGUGCAGAGGAUAUAGCUGCUGGGCUUGUGCCAAUGAACGGCCGUGAGCUUUUUCAGAAUGAACCUUGGGUAUUUGAUAAUACGCGUUAUUAGACUACCAUUGUAAAUUGCAGCCUUGAGCAUAUGAAAAUGGAUGUUACUUGCUAGUUUGUUUGUAAGGAAGGGUAUGUUUAUUUAUUUGGAUCUUUUAGGUUUGGUAUUGAAUACCAUUACUAAAAGUCUAAAUGGGAAGAAAAAUUAAACUUUUGUGAGCUUGAAAUCUAUUCCAACUCUUUUGUUUACGUUGUAAUUUAUCAUGUAAGAAAAGGAAAACGUGAGGGGUUUCAUGUAAUUUAUCAUGGCCCUUGUACAAAGAGCUUAUUAACUGGUAUCAAGGGUUUCAUUUUAUCUUUGCAAAGUGAGGAGUGAAAGAAAGAAAAAAAUUUCUGAACACAUUCCAUACGAUUUUUUAGGGUAGUAAGAAUUAAUUGGUGCUGC